AUGUAAAUUGAGGAGUCUUAUUAAGAAGCAAGAUAGAUUUUAAGUUAGAAUUUAGAAAAAGGUCGAGGCAAAUUAAACCCAGAAGAAAAAUAAAAAUGUGAUAUUGCAUAGGCUAUCAUAUAUGAACAUGAUCAAAAAAGAUUAUAGGCUGCUUCCAUCUUCUAUAAUCUGAGUUAAAGGAAUCCAGAAUACUUUUAAAGAGCUAUCAUUAAUGGAUUGGCUGCUCCUGCUUCUGCAAAGAGAUAAGCACUUCUUAUUACAAUAUAUAGGGAUAGUCGAUGUUAAAAGUCAAAAUGGCUUCCAUUCAUAAGAUCAAAGUAUUUUGAUUAUAUCUUAUUGAUUAUAGUGUACAAUAAGAUUUAUUAAAGUGGAAUGAUAUUGAAAACUUUGCAAGGGAAACUAAAAUAAAUCCAAGUUUAUUUUGUGAACAUAUCAUUACAGCUAUAAGUCGAUUUUAUAGUAAUAUCUCUAUUUAGAAAUUGGGUCAAUAUUGUAAAUUAAAGGAGGAUUAAGCCUAUGAACUUUUAGAGAACAUGAUUAUUAGUGAGAGAUUACAAGCAUAAAUAGAUCAAUAAUAAGGAUAUAUCUAAUUUUAACAUAAAGAAUAAUGUACAAUUGAAGAAUUCUGUACAAAUUUAUAUAGUUUAUGCCAAUGA